GGCGGGGGAGCAGCACCAGAGAGGGGCGAUGGACCCGGCCGAGGCGGUGGUGCAGGAGAAGGCCCUCAAGUUCAUGUGCUCUAUGCCCCAGUCUCUGUGGCUGGGCUGUUCCAGCCUGGCGGACAGCAUGCCCUCGCUGCGAUGCCUUUAUAACCCAGGGACUGGCUCACUCACAGCUUUCCAGAAUUCAUCUGACAAAGAAGAUUGUAACAAUGAUGAACCCCCAAGGAAGAUCAUUCCUGAGAAGAAUGCACUCAGACAGACCUAUAACAGCUGUGCCAGACUCUGCAUAAACCAGGAAGCAGUAUGUUUAGGAAGCACCGCUAUGAAAACUGAAAACUGUGUGGCCAUGCAGUCAUGCUGGCCACAUGACCUUGGAGGUGUCUAUGGACGACGUUGGCUCUUCGGCUUAGAAAUGGAGAUGAGCACCACACCCCAGAGUCAGACAUGACUGGACUUCAUGUCAGGGGAAAACCUUUACCUUUACCUUUAGUAUUUUAGGCAUUUAU